AUCCGCCGUGGAGACCAUGGCGAGCGCCGCCGAGCCCCCCGGCACGGCGGCCGAGUACCUGCAGGAGCUGACCCGGAUCGUCGCGGCGCAGCAGGAGCUGCUGGCGCAACGGCGGCGGCGCAUCGAGGAGCUGGAGCGCCAAGUGGCGCGGCUGAGCCGUGAGAACGCCGGCCUGCUGGAGCGGCACCGGCGACACCUGGCCGCGUGCGCUCGGCGCCCGGACCCGGGCCCUUCACCACUGGGCGCCAUCCCGGAGCUCAGCAGCCGCCGCGACAAGUCUGAAGAAGAAAGUUCUCGCAGCAUCAGGAGCUCCCUGGAAACCGGAAGCAGCCUCUCCACUGACCGAUACAGUGGAGUUGCUAAGAGCAGUGUCUCUACCUACAUGAACCCCUUUACCAUCCCAACAGACAUGGGGGCCUACUAA